AAAGAAAAGACCAGAUGGCCUUACCCGAGUAGUUAUAACGAAAGACGAUGAUGCGGUCCGAGUCCGACCGGAGGGACACUCUCGGUACUUGAAACUGAAAAUCGCUGCUGCUCCCCGCUUUAGUCAGGAAUAUCCGACGGCUGCCGUCUCCCUCGCCGUGCGCUCGCCUCACCUCCUCCGCCGAGAUCUCCUCCGCCGCCCCGCCUCAUGUCGACGGCGGCCCCCGAAUCGCCCGGCCAGGUCCCGAACCCCGCCACGCCCCAGCACGAUCGCCUCGCCGGAGCCGCGCCGCAGGACCCGCUCCUCCAGUCCGGCCGCUUCAUCGAUCCCGCCGCCCCCGCCGCCGCCUCCGAUGGCGAAACCCUAGCCUCCGGAGGCCGGGCGGGCCGGAGCGGCCGGAGCGGCCGGAGCUCCAACGGCGCCGCCGCCGGGGAGGCGACCCCGAUCUCGAGCCGCGCCCCGGCGAGGUCCGUUGACGGGGCCGCCACCCCGCAGAGGCCGAGCUCGAACGGAGCGGAGGCGGUGCCCCCGACACCGGAGAACGCCUCCUCCGCCGAUGACCCUUCGAGCCGGCGGAAGACCCGGGUGGUGUUGGCGGAGACGCCGGAUUGGCUGCCCGCCGGUUGGUACGUGGAGGAUCGGGUCAGGACGUCUGGCGUGACGGCUGGAACGAGAGACAAGUAUUACUGCGAUCCAGUGUCACACCGAGUAUUUCGCUCGAAGAAAGAGGUCCUAUACUUUCUUGAAACAGGAUUUUCCCGGAAGAAAAAAAAGAUGGAGAAUGCUGAUGCAAAUAAUGAUGCGGGGAACUCCAAUGCUACUAAAGCGCAAGCAGAGAGCUCUGGAGGCCAAAAACAGAAGAAAGCAGGCCGAGCGGCACCCCAGCCGCCGCCGAAUUUUGACUGGGACAAUUGCCCUGAGCAGGUAAAAUGGGUCCUCAAAGACGCGUCGACCAAUACAUGGGUUCCCUACAUCAACAACGAGGAGGUGCCCGAAUCGAUCCGCAAAGAAUGGACUGCUGCAUUGGAGUACCUUAAACACAAGUCCAAAGCGUGAUGUUCGCUGAUUUUAAGACUCGAAGUCGAGGUCUUUUUGUACUUAGGGGCUGAGAAACUCGGGUUUUAAGACCCAUAGUUGUUCAACCGCUUCGUUUUUACCUCGUUGACAGUCUUGUAUCUUUGUAGUGAUUUUGUUCGUAUUGUCAAAGGAUAGAAUAUCAAAGUGUUCUGUUGAUGUACUUCGUUUAAUUCCGGAGUUCUGGUGAGCUGAACUUUGGGAAAGGCACAUUAGAAAGUUUCAAAUCUUUGUUUAUAGCCUUCAGCUUAAUGCCAUAAAGUAUCUUUGUUCUUAA